AUGAUCAACGAUGCUUUUGGGAUAUCUAGGGACCAUGUGAAUGUAGAAGCCUGGACGUCGCAUCAACCAGUACAUGAAGGUGAAGAAAGGAUGCCAGAAUUGAAUCAAGGACCUAAUGAGGAAGCUAAGGCAUUUUACGAUCUAGUUAGGGAUGGAAAUCAAGCAUUGUAUGAAGGAUGUACGAAGUACUCGAAAUUAUCAUUCCUAGUAAAACUAUAUCACAUCAAGUGCUUGUGCGGAUUGAGUAACAAAGCAAUGUCUAUGAUUUUAGAAUUGUUAAAAGAUGCCUUCGAACAUGCAAAGAUUCCUGAUUCUUUUUAUGAGGCGAAGAAAUUAAUUACCAAGCUUGGUCUUAAUUACAGUCAAAUACAUGCAUGUCCAAAUGAUUGUAUGUUGUAUUGGGGAGAAGAUGAAAGUAGGGAGACAUGCAAAGUAUGUAACACGUCAAGAUGGAAACAAAGUAGGAAAGGUAACCCGACGAACAUGUCUAGUGGGGGCAAGAAAAGAAAAAAGAAACCUGUCAAAGUUUUACGGUACUUUCCACUUAAACCACGUUUGCAAAGGUUAUUUAUGUCUUCUAAAACUGCUGAACAUAUGAGGUGGCAUUCUGUGGAUAGUAACAAAGAUGGCUUGAUGAGGCACCCGAGAGACUCUGAGGCGUGGAAGAGAUUCGAUGAAACACACAUUGAAUUCGCAUCAGAUCCACGGAAUGUUAGGCUUGGGUUAGCUAGUGAUGGCUUCAAUCCUUUCAGAACUUUGAGUACCAACUAUAGCAUUUGGCCUGUGAUUCUUAUACCGUACAACUUACCCCCUUGGAUGUGUAUGAAGCAGACUUCCUUCAUCCUUUCAAUGAUCAUUCCGGGAAAGCAAAUGCCAGGGAAUGAUAUCGAUGUUUACUUACAACCCUUGAUUAAAGACUUGAAGGAUUUGUGGGAUGGUGGUGUGGAAACAUUUGACGCUUCACUCAAUCAAAUGUUUAAUAUGCGCGCUGCAUUGAUGUGGACAAUUAGCGAUUUUCCUGGGCUUGGUAAUUUAUCUGGGUGGAACACACACACUGGUUCAGCUUGUCCAACUUGUAAUUUUGACACUGUUGCCCAUCGUCUACCUCAUAGUAGAAAGUGGAGUUUUAUGGGUCAUCGUCGAUUUUUAGAGCCAAAUCAUAGAUUCAGGUUUAACCGUGUUCACUUUGAUGGUAAUACAGAGUUUAGGAAUCCACCAGUGGCACUAUCAGGUUCAGAGAUAUUCAAGCAGUUGGAAAAUGUUCAUGUUACAUUUGGGAAAGGGAUGGAGGUUGAAGAUAACAGAAAAAGAACUCACCGAAAAAAUACUGUAGAAAGUGGUUGUCAACAAUGGAGAAAGAAAAGUAUAUUUUUCCAACUUCCUUAUUGGGAGUACAACUUGUUGCGCCAUAACCUUGAUGUUAUGCACAUUGAGAAGAAUGUGUGUGAUAAUGUCUUGUACACCAUUCUCAAUGAAAGUGGAAAAACAAAAGAUAAUCUCAAUGCUCGAAAAGACUUGAAAGAGAUGGGCGUAAGAAGUGAUCUUUGGCCAAAUGAAAAUGGACAAUAUCGACCUACUUUAUUUACAAUGUCAAAUGCCCAAAAAGAUGUAUUCCUUACAACUUUGAAGAAUGUUUUAGUGCCUGAUGGUUACUCAAGUAACAUUGCUAGGUGUAUUGAUCUAAAGCAUCGGAAGAUAUUUGGUUUGAAAAGUCAUGAUUCACAUAUUCUUAUGGAGCAACUGCUACCAAUAUCAAUUAGAAAUGUGUUGCCUAACCAAGUGUCUGCCGUUUUAGUUGAUUUGUGCUCAAUAUUUAGGCAAAUAUGUGGCAAGGUGUUGAAUCCUCUAGACUUUGACAAGCUCCAACGUCGAGUCAUUCUCACACAAUGCCAUAUGGAAAUGCUUUUUCCACCUGGGUUCUUUACAGUCAUGGUUCAUUUGGUUGUGCAUCUAGUGAAUGAACUGAAGCUUGGAGGCCCAGUACAUUAUCGAUGGAUGUAUCCUAUAGAAAGAUACUUGGGACAUUUGAAGUCCUAUGUACGUAACAGGGCACAACCAGAAGGUUCCAUUGCUGAAGGUUAUUUGGCUGAAGAAUGUUUGACCUUUUGUUCAAGAUACUUGGAGGGCAUUGAGACAAGAUUCAACCAGCUUGGACGUGUUGAUGAUCAAACGACAAACAAUGAAUCGUCUCAAGUUUCAAUGUUUUUUACUGAAAUAGGGAAAUCAGUUGGGAGUACUUCAUAUUUCAACCUUACCCAUAUUGAGAAACGACAAGCACACAGAUAUGUGUUGAUGAAUUCAGAACUAGUCGAUCGGGAAUUUAGAGAGAUAACCAAGAGAAGGCUCAGGAAUCGAACACGAUCAACUAUAGAGAUUGAAAGAACAGUACAUCGGGAAUUCGUUGAUUGGUUCUCUAAGCGUUGGAGUUUUUGUGAUUCUGGAACAAGAAGUCAUUCUAGAAUCAGUGACAACAACCCAGUUAAUGGAGAUGUUAAUUAUUAUGGAAAAUUGGUAGAUAUAAUCGAGCUUAAUUACUAUGGUCGAUUCAGGAUUAUUCUAUUCAAGUGUAAAUGGGCCAAUACCAUAACUGAUAGAGGGAUCAAACAAGAUGCUUUGCAGUUUACUUUAGUGAAUUUCUCUCGAUUGAUACAUACUGGUGAACGUGAAGAAGAUGAACCUUAUAUUGAAGCUUCACAAGCACAACAAGUGUACUAUGUUGAAGAUGUUGUAGAAAAGGAUUGGAGUGCUGUUGUACAUUUAAAACCAAGAGAUUUGUAUGAUAUGGGUGAAGACACUGAAGAGACAUUCUAUGAGAACGAGCCAUAUCAAACACAAGACUUAGGGUUAUUUUUUCCUAAUGAUACUGGAAUUCUGUCACUUGCAAGAGGACAAAUAGCACGUGGAAGGCGUGUUAUGUUAGAGUUCAAUGAAUCAUUCCAACCAAUUGGAGAUCCAGCUGGACUUCUUGGAGGGAUUUUAGGAGAAUUAGCCUCUGAUUUUGUUGCUUUUCCUGUCAAUUAUGAAAGUUGGCACAAAGUACCGAAGACAUACAAAGAAGAAAUUUACAAAAAUAGAAUCAUGGAAAAAUUUAAUGUUGACGAGGGGCCUGCUAAAAAUUUUAUUUUGAAGAACAUUGGGAAGAAAUGGAAGGACAAUAGAUGUAAAUUAUACCAUGAGUGGUAUGAUCCCAAUAUUGGUCGAGAAGCAAAUAUUACAAAGCAUCCACCGGGAAUAUCUCAAGACCAAUGGGCAAGUUUUAUUGACUAUCGUGCACGAGAUAAGACUAAGGAAAUUGAGAGUGGCCAGCCUGUGAGUAGGGGUUUAUUAUACAUUGCGACGCAUAAGAAGAAAGAUGGAUCUUUUGUGAAUGAAGGAGCACGAACUAUAAGCGCACCAGAUGCACAUAGUGGACCAGUGUCACCAGCAGGAAGGCUCUCUUCUAAUGCAAGUCAUGACAUUCAUCAGACCCAUCAAGAUCCAAACCAACAAAGUUGAUGUGAUGAUAUGGAACUUCAUUUUGGAUAUUAAAUUGUUUAAAAUAUGUUACAUAUUUGGAUAUUUAAGUUGUAUUGAAUAUUUAUGGUUUAUUGAUUAAAUGGAUUGAAAUA